AAAUAAUUAAAAUUUAAUGUUUUGUUCUAUAUGCAUUAUCUAAUUUUAGGUUAAUAAUUUGUUUUUCUUUAACCAAAAUAAGAAAAAUAUGGGCGACAGAUAUAAUAUUCACAGUCAGCUAGAACAUUUGCAGUCAAAAUACAUAGGAACUGGACAUGCAGAUACUACAAAAUAUGAAUGGUUGGUAAACCAACAUCGAGACAGUUAUGCCAGCUACCUAGGACAUCCAGACUUGUUAAGUUACUUUGCCAUUGCUGAAAACGAAGCUAAAGCUCGUGUACGUUUUAAUCUUAUGGAGAAAAUGUUGCAACCGUGUGGUCCUCCACCAGACAAACCAGAAGAUUAAAUAGUUAUUUUUAAGUUAUUUUAACUGACCAGUAAGUAAUCACUGUAAUAUUUUUUAUUAAAAAAAAUUAAUUUCAUUUAGUAAUUACUACAUACCCUCCUGUUUUCAAUGUAUUAUUGUUAGACAUAACUUCUAUUUUUCAAUCAGUUGUAGGAAUAUUUUUUCUAGUAAUUACUUUCUGAUAUUUAUAUAUUGAAAUA